GGCGCAUUGGCGUGCUGGCAGGACAGCGCAGCUAGCUAGCUAGCGGACUUCAAAUCAGGGUGCAAGAUAAACACAUUAUACUGUUGUUUAUCUUUGUCUGCCGGCAAAGAUGAGCCGUACACCAGAUGCAAGAGCGAGAGACAGCCAGACCAGGAAGAUCCAGGAGAACAUCACCAAUGUGGAGAAACACUUUGGAGACAUGUGCCAGCUGUUUGCUGCCUACGGCCGUAAAACAGCCAGGCUGAGAGACAAAUCUGACAUCCUAGUGCGGGAAAUCGGAGUGUAUGCAGACACAGAAACGCCAAGCCUCAAGAAGGGCCUUAAGCAGUUCGCAGACCACCUGGCCAAGGUCCAAGACUACCGCCACGCAGAGGUGGAACGCAUUGAGGCCAAAGUCAUAGAGCCAUUGAAAAGCUAUGGAGCUGUUGUAAAACGUAAAAGGGAGGAUCUGAAGGCGACGCAGAGUGCCAGAGAGAGAGAAGCCAAACAGAUGGCCCAGCUCGAGAGGACCAGACAGAGAAACCCUUCAGACAGGCAGAUCAUCUCACAGGCUGAGAGUGAGCUCCAGAGAGCCACCAUGGACGCCACGCGGACCACCAAGCAGCUGGAGGAGACCAUAGACGAGUUCGAGAAGCAGAAGAUCCGGGACAUAAAGAAAAUCUUAUGCGAUUUCGUGACGAUCGAGAUGAGUUUCCAUGCCAAGGCUUUGGAGAUGUUCACCUUGGCCUUCCAGAGCAUUCAGAAGGUGGACGAGGAGGAGGAUCUGGAGGUGUUCAGGAACUCGCUGCACCCCCCCGACUACCACUCACGCUUAGACAUAGUGCGAGCCAAUUCCAAAACCUCCCUGGACCGGACCGGCUCCUUCCUGAGUACGACGGGGACCUUUCAGCAACAAAGAGCCUCCGGUCGCCAGACAAGAGAGGAGGAGGAGGAGGAGGACGACGACGAUGAGGACGAGGACGAAGAUGACUCUGAGGAGGAGGUGGAUGAUGAUGAUGAAGAGGAGGGCACAGACGAUGAAAAUUAAAGUUUCGUGCCCCUCACGUUCGAUGCCGGAUGGUGUAUUAACUAACGGUCAUUGCCAAAACCAGCUCACAGGCGGUCUGAGCAGUAUUUUAGUAGUAAUGUGUUGUAGCUUUGUUCUGCAUUGUAAAGGUUCACUUACUACUGUUUAUAUUGCAGUUGAGUAUCGUCUUAACUCUAUUUUUUAUUGCACAAGCUGAAAAUGUACACAGUU